GUAGUCCUAGCGUCCGCGUGUGCGCGGGGCCGGUCCCGGAGCCGGAGCGCCGCUGCCCUGCGAGCUGCCGCGGGAGUGUCCCCUGCGUCCCCGCCGGGGCUGCAUGUGGGCCUGGGCAGCACGAUGCCCUCCGGCCCCGUGGUGGAGAAGCAGGCGCCCGCAGAGGCCGGGCCGGACCUCGAGCUGCAGUCGUGGCGGUGCCUGGUGUUCUACCUGUGCUUCUACGGCUUCAUGGCGCAGAUGCGGCCCGGAGAGAGCUUCAUCACGCCCUACCUGCUGGGCCCCAGCAAGAACUUCACCCAGGAGCAGGUCACCAACGAGAUCAUGCCGGUGCUGUCCUACUCGUACAUGCUGGUGCUGGUGCCCAUCUUCCUGCUCACCGACUACCUGCGCUACAAGCCGGUGCUGCUGCUGCAGGGCCUGAGCUACGUGUCCGUGUGGCUGCUGCUGCUGCUGGGCCGCUCCGUGCUGCACAUGCAGCUCAUGGAGUUCUUCUACAGCGUCACCAUGGCCGCGCGCAUCGCCUACUCCUCCUACAUCUUCUCCCUCGUGCGCCCGGCGCGCUACCAGCGCAUGGCCGGCCUCUCGCGCGCCGCGGUGCUGCUGGGCGUGUUCACCAGCUCCGUGCUGGGCCAGCUGCUGGUCACCGCGGGCGGCGUGUCCUUCACCACGCUCAACUACGUGUCCCUGGCCUUCCUCACCUUCAGCCUGCUGCUCGCGCUCUUCCUCAAGCGCCCCAAGAGGAGCCUCUUCUUUAACCGCGGCGCGCCCCUGCGCGCGGCCUCGCCCUCGGAGCUGGGCCCCAUGCGCCCCGGCCCCGCGCCGCCCCGGGAGCUGCCUGCCGCCCGCGGGGACUUCAUCCUGGCGCGCAUGCUGCGGGAGCUGGGGGCCAGCCUGCGCCGGCCGCAGCUGCGCCUCUGGUCGCUCUGGUGGGUCUUCAACUCGGCCGGCUACUACCUGAUCGUCUACUACGUGCACAUCCUGUGGAACGUGGUGCGCCCGGCCACGGACAGCGCACGCGUCUACAACGGCGCGGCGGACGCCGCCUCCACGCUGCUGGGUGCCAUGACGUCCUUCGCCGCUGGCUUCCUGAAGAUCCGCUGGGCGCUGUGGUCCAAGCUGGUCAUCGCGGGCAUCACGGCGGCGCAGGCCGGGCUGGUCUUCCUCCUGUUCAGUUCCUACAGCAUCUGGCCCUGCUACGCCGCCUUCGUGCUCUUCCGCGGCUUCUACCAGUUCCUCGUGCCCAUCGCCACAUUUCAGAUCGCGUCUUCUCUGUCUAAAGAGCUCUGCGCCCUGGUCUUCGGAGUCAACACGUUCUUCGCCACCAUUCUCAAAACUGUCAUCACGCUCAUCGUCUCGGACAAGCGGGGGCUGGGCCUCGUGGUCCACUCGCAGUUCCAGGUCUACUUCCUGUACUUCCUGGUCCUCUCCGUCCUCUACCUCCUGGGGGCCGUGCUCGAUGGCCUGCGGCACUUCCAGCGGGGCCACCAGCCGCUGCCCCUGGCCCAGGAGCUGAGGAGCCCCCUGGAGGAGAAGGCCGCGCAGGGGCUCAGCCUGAAGGACGGGGACCUCGGUGGCCCGCAGCCCUCUGCUCCGCCACCGCACCCAGAGGACAGCGCCUGGGCCCCUGGGCUGGCCUCUCAGGGGCAGAGCCAGCCUGCCCCGGCCCAGCCCGCUCUCCUGCCCCGGCCCAGCGGGCAGCUGGGCUCCUGACACCGCGGGCGCCUUCCCGGCUGCGCUCCUGCCCCGACCUGGGGCUCUGACCUCACACGCGUGGUCCCCAAUGUGGACCAGUGACUCCAGGGCCCCUGGUGCCUUUGCUUGUGACUCUCCAUGUGUCCCCGCCCAGUGCCCCGUGGGCUGCCUGCCUUAGUGAGGGUCCCUGGCCUCAGCUUGCCCCGCGGGUGGCCCCCUGAGGACCCCCUCCCCAGCCCCGCCUCACCCUGGCACCGGGUGCCUGUUGGGGACACAGAGCAGCUGCCUGGCUGUGCACCCCAUCGGGCCCUGUGGGCUCCGGCUGCUGCGCCGGCCUGGAAGAGGCUGGCUGGGUCCCAGUGUCCACCAGGCCGUCCCCCUUCACCCCCUGGGGAGGCAUGGGGCACGUCCCAUGUGUCCCUGGGGGCUGGUGAGGUGGCCGAGAUGCCAGCCAAGGGGACACCAGCCCCACAGAACGUCCUGGACCCUUCAGGGCAGCUGGGAGCCUGGGUUCCCCGGGACGUUUCCCGUUCUAGGUGCUGCGGUGUUGAUCCAGGUUCUGAUCUUUUUGUUUGUUUGUUUUUUAACAUGAAAUGAGGAAGUGUG